AUGGAGGGGGACGUCGGCCCCGGGGACGCGCGACGGGCGCUGGGCCACCUAGUGGAAGCGGUGCUGGCCAGCCGCGGCGAGGCCAACGCCGUGUUCGACAUCCUGGCCGUUCUGCAGUCUGAGGACCAGGAGGAGAUCCAGGAAGCGGUGCAUGCAUGCAGCCGACUUUUUGGGGCCCUGCUGGCGCGAGGAGAACUGUUUGUGGGCCCACUGCCCUCUGAGGAGAUGGUCCUGACAGGGUCCCGCGGGGCCACUCUCAAAUAUAAGGUGUGGAUGCGGCACCGGUACCAGAGCUGCUGCAACCGCCUGGGGGAGCUGUUGGCUCACCCCUCCUUUCAGGUCAAGGAGCUGGCCCUCAGCACACUCAUGAAGUUUGUGCAGCUGGAGGGUGAGCACCCGCUGGAGCAGCCCAAGUGGGAAGGCAACUAUCUGUUCCCCCACCAGCUCUUCAGGUUGGUGGUGGGAGGCCUCCUAUCUCCAGAGGAGGACCGCUCCCUGCUCCUCUCCCAGUUCCGGGAGUAUUUGGAACACGACGACAUCCGCUACCACACGAUGCAGGCCGCCUCCGACACUGUGGCCCGGGCCACCGAUGGGCGCCCUGAGGUGCCCCUCGCUUUCUGGAACAAUGCCUUCAUGCUGCUGUCCUCCGUGAGCCUGCCCCGCCAGGAGGGCACCCUCUCCAGCUUCUAUGUGAAACACACAGAGCUGUCAGACAAGUGGAAGGUCGUUCAUCUGAAGGAACACAGGAAGGCCUUUCAGCAGAUGUGGCUCCGCUUCCUCAAGCACCAGCUGCCUCUCCGCGUCUGCAAGAAGGUGCUGGUGAUCAUGCACGACUCCAUCCUGCCCCACCUGGCGCAGCCCAGCCUCAUGAUCGACUUCCUCACCCGUGCCUACGACAUCGGUGGAGCCGUCAGCCUGCUGGCCUUGAAUGGACUUUUCAUCUUGAUUCAUAAACACAACCUGGAGUACCCUGACUUCUACCGGAAGCUGUAUGGUCUCCUUGAUCCGUCCGUCUUCCACGUGAAGUACCGGGCCCGCUUCUUCCACUUGGCUGACCUCUUCCUGUCGUCCUCGCACCUGCCCGCCUACCUGGUGGCUGCCUUCGCCAAGCGCCUGGCCCGCCUGGCCCUGACAGCACCCCCCGAGGCCCUGCUCAUGGUCCUGCCCUUCAUCUGCAACCUGCUGCGCAGACACCCGGCCUGCCGGGUCCUCGUGCAUCGGCCCCGGGGCCCUGAGCUGGACGCCGACCCCUAUGACCCCACAGAGGAGGACCCGGCCCAGAGCCGAGCCCUGGAGAGCUCCCUGUGGGAGCUGCAGGCCCUCCAGCAGCAUUACCACCCUGAGGUGUCCAAGGCGGCCAGCGCCAUCAACCAGGCACUGUCUGUGCCCGAGGUUAGCAUUGCCCCACUGCUGGAGGUCACCGCCUUUGAGAUCUUUGAGCGGGACCUGAAGAAGAAGGGGCCUGAGUCGGUGCCACUGGAGUUCAUCCCAGCACGGGGCCUGCUGGGCCGGCGGGAGGACCUCUGUGCCCAGCACUUCACGCUGAGCUGA